AUCAUUUCAUAUAAUCAUUUUGAUAACUCAUGUAGGUGGUGCAAUUAGCAAGAAAGUGCGUGGUGAGACUCGAUGUCUUGAGCUAUCCAAGAGGAAGCGCGAUGGUGUCCAAUUUAAUAUUGAUAUUCCAAAGCAUACCAUGAGAGCUGUAGGAGCAAACUGCCAAUUUUACAUUACUGGUAUGGGAUGCUUCGUUCGAAAAAAUGUUCCAUUACAAAUUAAGAAGUGGUCUGACAUCUCAAGAGAUGAUGUUGCUUUGCUAAUUCGCCAUGUCCGUGAGAAAUUCAAUUUGAGCCAUGAAUCUCAUGUGGAUGAGGCAAUUGAGAAACACAUGAUCAGAUAUUUUACCACAUGGCGCUAUAAUUUGCAUAAGAAGUUUCAGAAAUAUGAAUCAGUAGAGGAAGCAAUGGAGAAUCGACCUGAAGAUGUUGAAGAGGAUGAUUGGAACUACUUAAUUGCAAAUCUGUGGCAAGAUCAAAAGUGGCUGAAAACAAGCGAAAAAAACAAGACAAACAUGGACAAGUUAGAGAUAACACAUUGUGCAGGGACAAAGGCAUUUAGUCGUCUUAGAACUGAAAAUCGAAAUCCUGAAACUGGAGAGGAAAUUGGUCGUAUUGACCUUUUCAAGCUCACACGAUACAGUGAAAAGAAAUCUGCAUGGGUUGGUGAUACAGCAAAGAAUGCUUUUGAAGAGAUGAAAAAUCUACAAAACGAGCCACAAAUGAAUGAAAAAUCUAGUGAAAUAAUGUAUGAAGAUGAGAUCUAUGAUGAAGUGCUUUCCAAAAUUGUUGGUCCACCACGAUCAAGCUAUAUACGUGGCUUAGGAGUAGGCCCAAAGCCUAAAAGGUCUAAAUUUUCUGCAAAUGAUGCUCAAGUGAGGGAGGCGAAUCAAAGGGCAGAUGAAGUGGAAAGAAGAGCAAUUCAGCUUGCAGAUGAAUUGAUGGCUGUAAAGUCUACUGCAGCUCAGCAAAAUGAGGAGUUAGAUAUGGUCAAAGCUGGUGCAGCUCAACAAAAUGAAGAGUUAGAGGCAGUGAAGGUUAGUGCGGCUCAACAAAAUGAAGAGUUGGAGGCAUUAAAGGCAAGACAAAAUCAGACUGACACACUUUUACUCAAAUUGAUGGCGCAGUUGUCCUCCCAAAAAUGAAGGUGCAGCAUUGAAAAAAUUGGCAGAUGAAAAGGGCAUCAAGCAACAUACAUAUCAUUGAAGGCUUUUGAACUUCUAGGAAGACUUGUAUGUACUUCCUUUUAUUUUGAAAUGGCUAUCAAGGAUGGAUAUUGACAUUUGUAUAUUUUGGAUUUAGAAAGUUAGUAUUUCAAGAUGGAGGUUGAUGUUUAUUAUUGGAUUGAUAAAUCAACCCUUGUUAACCAUCAGUUUUACAGUACAUUUUCAUAUGGUGGUUUUGGGAUAUUGAAGGCUACUAUUGAGUCGUUUAUUGCAUAAAGAAUUGACCAUUGUUCACAUAUUUGAUUUGUAGUGACAUUGAAUGACC